AUGAAGUCGGCCAUCAACCUGGCGGGUGCUGUGCCAAAAGUCAACAUCAUAGAUGAACUAAUUCCUCAGCCAGGCCCGAAAGAAGUGCUCAUCAAAGUCGUCGUCUCUGGAUCCAACCCCAAGGAUUGGAAACUCCCGUUGUGGGCAGAGACAUAUGACACUUCAGACGGGGAUUCCGUUGCAGCUAAACAAAUGGCAAAGGCGAAGAAAGGUCUCAAUCAAGGGGAUGACAUAGCGGGAAUAGUUGAAGAGGUCGGUAAAGAUGUAAUCGAAUUCAAGAAAGGAGAUCGAGUUGCGGCGUUCCACGAGAUGGGUACAGACGGAGGCUCUUACGCAGAAUAUGCGAUUGCGCCGGAUCACACGACUUUUCAUCUCCCGCCCGCCAUGUCCUUUGAAGUUUACGGGGGCAGUACCUCUGUCGGAUCUUUCGCCAUCCAACUUGCCCGAAACAGCAACAUCCAUCCCAUCAUAUCGGUGGCGGGCUCAGAAAAAGACCACGUCAAAUCCCUUCUUGACACCAGUAAAGGUGAUGUCGUCUUUGACUACCGUGACGGCGCCGACAACGUUGUCAAUCAGAUACGCGAUCACCUCAAAUCAGGAGGCUACCCACAACCGCGACACGGACUUGAUCCAGGCAUCGGCGAGCCGUGCAAGAAGGUUUUGACCGAGAUCGUCGCCAAGGAUGGGUACAUCGACCUUGUUCUGGGCGUACCUGACUGGGACACUGCACCGGCGACCAAAACUUCAACAAUGGUGGGCAUAGUACACAGUGAUGCUGGCGAUGAUCUUGGUCUGGUGACGUGUCGAUGGUUCACCAAGGCUUUGCAGGCGGGUACAUUCAAGGGGCACCCAGUUGAGGUCAGAGCUGGUGGACUUGAGGCUGUGGAGCAAGCAUUGAAAGAUCUGAAGGAUGGUAAGAACAGUGCUAGGAAGUACGUAUUCCGGAUUGCGGAGACACCUGGGCUUUCAGCCUGA